AUGUCUGAACCUACGUCUGAAUCUCUGAAGGCUUCUCGUUUUACCAACCGACAUUUGCAAGGACUGCGCCACGGAUCCACGGCGACACCUUUGCGUGUGAUCGCGCACAUUGAUCUCGAUGCCUUUUACGCGCAAUGUGAGAUGGUGCGCCUAGGGACACCGCGCGAAGUGCCCUUAGCAGUACGGCAGUGGGACUCUUUGAUUGCCAUCAAUUACGCGGCACGCCCUUUCGGAAUCAGUCGGUUGAUCAGCGUCACAGAAGCCCGGAAACUCUGUCCAGAUCUCGUCUUACAGCAUGUCGCGACAUUUCGAGAAGGGAGAGGGGGACGCUGGGCAUAUCGAGAUGACUCGUUCAAGAACAUUCAGACGGAGAAGGUGUCACUGGACCCAUAUCGCGCGCAAUCCCGGAAAAUCCUCCAGACGAUGAAAGACGCCCUGGCUACCUGGACUACAACUGAUGCGGAGGCUGAAACUCUACCUCAGGCACAAGGAGUCUCGGCUGGCCUGGAAAAAGCUAGUAUAGAUGAGGUCUUCAUUGAUCUAUCUCCAUUGGUCUUCAAGGUGCUCCUUGAGAGAUACCCCGAGCUAAAGAUGAAUGCCCAAGAUGAAAAUCGGGAUGCGCCACUACCCAUCUCUCCGACCACAGCCCUGCAAUGGGACACUGACUGCUUGAUUGAUCUGAAUGAAAAUGAAACAGAAGAGGAUGACCCAGAUUGGGAUGAUGUGGUUAUGUUGAUAGGAUCUGAGAUUGUAAGGUCGGUUCGGAACGCAGUGUGGGAGAAGCUCAGCUACACCUGUUCUGCAGGACUAGGCCGGAACAAAAUGAUUGCCAAGCUGGGAAGCGCUUGCAAUAAGCCCAAUCUGCAGACUAUCGUAAGAAAUCGGGCGGUGCAGAACUUCCUGGCCAGUUACAAGUUCACUCAGAUCAGAAUGCUAGGCGGUAAACUGGGUGAACAGAUCACCGAGGCAUUUGGGACAGAGAAAGUGAGUGACUUGCUCAAUGUGUCCCUUGAGCAACUCCGUGCCAAAGUAGAUGACCAUACAGCAUCUUGGCUCUACGGCAUUAUCCGAGGAGAUGACCGCAGUGAGGUCAACCCUCGAACCCAGAUAAAAUCUAUGCUAUCGGCAAAGUCUUUCCGGCCGAGUAUUAGCUCGGUUGAACAGGCCGAGAAGUGGCUUCGCAUUUUCGCCGCUGAUAUUUACGGCCGGCUAGUGGAAGACGGCGUGCUUGAAAACAGACGUCGCCCGAGGGUCAUCACUUUACACCACCGAACUUCUCAGCCUCAACCUCGUUCCAAACAGAUUCCAAUCCCAGCUUCGAGCACAAUCGACGAAAAUCUGCUUUUUGACCUGGCGAACAAUUUGCUCCGCCAAGUCGUGGCUGAGGGACAGGCGUGGCCAUGUUCCAACCUGUCUUUGAGCGUAGGGAGCUUCCAAGAAGGCGUAACCAACAACAGGGCCAUUGAAGGGUUCCUACUUCGCGGCGAUCAAGCAAAGGCUUUAAAUCAUGCCUCGAGUCCCCGUGAUACCCAAAUUAUUCAUAACGAGCCACCGACCGAGAAACGGCGAAAGCUUGACGAUGGGAUGAUGAAAACUUUCUUUGGAAAGCCAUUAUCUCCGGCUUCUGCUGGUGAACGUGAGCCAGAAAUACCACAACCAAUUGAAGCAGAGACCGAAGCAGCGGGGAUUCCCCGUUACACAUGUCCACGGUGCUCCAAAUCGAUUAUCGAGUAUGAGAAAGAGGAGCACGAAGAUUGGCACUUCGCCAAAGACCUUGCAAGCCAGGACCGCGAGGACGCCAGAGCUUCACAGCCGCCCCCGCCGCCCACAACGAGUAGCACACGAGGUUCUUCUGUCCGUGGAAGAGGCGGCCGGGGCGGUGGUCGUGGCAAACCCGAGAAAGGGCAGAUGCGACUGGCCUUCCAGUAA